GUCCACCCUCUUAUAACCCAAUACGAAGGAACGGCUACUGGGUGGUAUCGAGGUCGGAAAAUGACAUAUUUGUCCCGUCUGUUUGAGUUAUCGUUACCACUACAUUAAAAUUCCAUCUCUUAGACCUCGUGCACAAUUCAGACCUAAUUUUUUUAAUAAUAGACUAGGAUUUUCUAUCUGCAUAACUUAAAAUGUCAGUUGCCGAGUUUUUGAAGGGCCUGCCCUCCCACAAUGAAAAUAAUUUCGCCAAUUUUCAUACGGACAACGGAAAUCGUACCUGCGUUAAGAGGCCAUCGGUCUAUUUACCUACGAAAGAUUAUCCUUCGGAACAGAUAAUUGUCACUGAAAAAACGACAAUAUUACUGAGGUACCUCCAUCAGCAGUGGGACAAAAAGAAUUCUGAAAGAAAGCGGGACCUAUUAUCAGUAAAUGGCGACUCUCCAGACGACGUAGCAGUGAGACGCUGCAAAAGGCUACGGCUCGAUCUCAAUAAUAGCCUCUAAACCAAAUGAAUAAAAAGGACCGACCCAUAACGAAAAAAUCGCAUUACCUCAUCGUAAUUAUUUGUCCAUAUCAUAUAUUUCCUCUCAAUUCUGAUAAACGUGUAAAUAUUUUAUUUCAGGAACCGAUUUGCGACUUUAUGACAUUUUUUGCCAGUUAAAAUUUUUGUUUUCGUAAAUGCGAUAUCAAUGAAAUUGAAGCCAUUGUUAGAUAAGAUUAUUGUCGUCUAGUAAUUAUUCAGCAUUUAACUUGCCUAAAAUAAUUGUCUUGUUCAAUUUAAUUUUUUUUUCCAUCAGUCAAUAUUUUAUAGAGCUCUGUGUUCGUCUUUAAUGAUUCUGGAAUCUAUUUUCUGACUUCUUCAAGGUACAUUCCGCGUGAAUCCUUAAAGACCUUUGGAGAUAUCUUCUUCAACUUUUUUUCUUUCCAGUGAUUGAUUAAUAAAAUUGUGUACUGAAA